ACCACAGUACGCCUUUUUUGAGGUUAUGUAAAUGUCAAAGCCACUGAUAUUGUAGGGGCGAACUAAAAGUUUCGUAAAUAAAUGCUAUAUCUACUGUAAAUACUAUAAUUUUGUGAGAACAAUAAUGUUGCAAGGAAGCCUAAGAUUCAACGCAUUGAAAAUCUGCCCUUCACUUUUGAGAUUCAGAUCAUCUUUAGUCCAACCAUCACCAGAACCUACUCCUGAUGGAAACGUAGUGCAAAUUGGGAAUUCUUCUAAAAAUCCUUUAAACCAUCCAGAUUACUUUCAAGUGCAUAAUUUAUUCACAGUCAAGGAUUUAUUUGAGGCUCGAGUACAUUAUGGACACAAAGAAGGAUCACUCAAUGAUCACAUGAGGCCGUAUAUUUAUGGAUCAAGACUUGGCCACCUAAUAUUUGACUUGGAUAUUACAGCAGAGCAUCUACGCAGAGCUCUCAACUUUGCAGCUCAUAUUGCAUACAGAGGUGGUAUUAUAUGUUUCUUCAAUAGGAAUGCAUUGAAUUCACAUUUGGUGGAGAGAACAGCACUAGAAUGUGGGGAGUAUGCACAUACAAGAUUCUGGAGAGGUGGUAUCUUCACAAAUGCAAAUCAUCAAUUUGGGGCAGUUACCAGGCUGCCAGAUCUAUGCAUUUUCCUAAAUAUACAUAAUAACAUAUUGAAUCAACAUACAGCUGUUAGAGAUAGUGCAAAAAUGUUAAUACCUACCAUUGGAAUUGUUGACACAAAUUCUAACCCUAACCUAAUCACUUACCCUGUACCUGGUAAUGAUGACACCCCAAUUGCUAUAGAACUCUAUUGUAAAUUAUUUAAGGAAGCUAUUUUAAGGGGUAAAGCAGAGAGAAUGAAAUUUUUACAAGAAACAAAUCAAUAAAAUAUUGUAGUAAUGGAAGACUUUUAAUAGAAAUAAAGAGAUUACAUAAUUAUUA